AAUGAAAAGAGGGAUUUAAAGAGGUUCAUGAACUCAUUAGAACCGUUCAAGAUGCACCAAUGCACACGAUUAAUGUAAGAGAAUAAUAUUCCUCAAUUGAUACUUAAAACUGAUAUAGAUUCAGGAAAUUGGAUUUGAGUCAAAGAAGCCGAAAUCUUAACGUCUACUUAGUUAAGGUGUAAAAUGAUUCUAGAUUAAUUUCAAUGUUAGUUCCCACCUCGGUGACAAAUCCCUUUAACUUUAAAAUUUACCUAGCUCAAGUCGAGGACUGAAAAGUGGAGUGGAGGCCUAUGCGUGGGCAUUAAUAUUUGCGAUAUCAUGGUUUAAAUUUAGAUUUCAGCUCGUGUAACUUGUUUUUGGUUCAAAAUUUACGAAGGUCCUUUGUAAUGUUUCAAAUUAUAAUUCGGGUAGCUUGGAUGGAUUGCACGCGAUAAAAAAAUAUGAGAUCGACUCCAGAGUAUUAAAAAUGCAGUUCUCGAAAAGAAAGAUAGAUUCGUGUCAUAAAAUUGAAAAUUCAGUAAUCCAUCUGUCGAUGCUGACGUCGAUACUUUGCUUCGAAAGAAUGUGUGUAAAAAUGUUCGAUUGCAUGCGUAUAUUUUCGUCGUAAAAUUAUAGAGGAAUGUUAUAAUCCGUUUUAGUUGUAAUGUGUCGUUGCGUGAAAGGUGUUGAUCUCGAGUAACUGGAGUAGCCUUUGAGUGUUCAGUGAUUUGUGGAACAGCAGAUAUUUAAAGUUAUUUCCGGACAAAUUGAUUUAGAUGCAAUGUUUUCUGAAGGCAUCAAAAUGAAAAGCAAACAAGUUUUAAAUUUAUUUCAUGGCCAUCCUGGGGCUUCGGCUUAAUCGGGCUCCAGUGCUUAGUUCAGGUAGUCCUCAUUACGACUUCAUCGAACAUUUUUCAGUAAAGAAAAUUUCUUAAGGAUGAUCUUAGUGAAUUCGUGGACAAUCACUUUCAUAAAGGACUCUAACUGACUUCAACUGCAUAGCACCUAAGACCGAUUGAUUCUAUAGACGAUUUCGUUGCUACACUGUACCUUAAUUUUCCGUGAAUCUCUAAAUACUCUUCCCCUGAUUAGUGAUUCAACUCAGUAAGAAGCUCUAUGGCCAAACACACCACUGAAUUGUCUAACUUGGGAAUUUAACUGAACCAAUAUGAUAUUUCCUGCUAAGUCGUGUCAAGAAUAUCGGACGCGAGCUUUUGAUCAACAAAGCAAACUUUGAUCCAAACACAUGAUAGCAGAACUUGACCUUUUGUUCUAAAAACGUAAUAACCUGUAAACACUCUCGAUGUGAGUAUCAAUUUCAAACUGACCUAAAUGCCUUUGGCUAUAAAGCGUGUUCCGACAGCCCACGCUCCAUUUUCCUUGGCAAAUUAUGCGCAAAUUCUUGUUUGGUGGAACCCAAAACCUAUAAGCCGACGUACGAAGAUGUUGACCUGAAUCUUUUAAACAAACAAACAAAAAAGCACUUGCUUUUUCGUCUCGAGAAGCGAUAACUUAACUCGAGUGUUAAGUUGUAUCACGAAAUCUCGUGAUGGUUUUCUUGCCAUAGGGAUGGCACUCUUCACUCAUCAGAUCUAGAGUUGAGUUGUGAACGUGACAUCUAAAACUGCUUGUAUAAUGAUUUGUAGGUGCUAUAUGGCUUUUAUGGUAACCCUGAGUUCAGGGUAGGAACGUGGUAGUAGUUGGAACUAGCAUCUUUGGGAGACCACACACGCUCUUCUAUCGCCGCUCACCCCUCUUCCAAUGUAUUCAACUACCAGUUUGCACACGGUAUUUCGGAGAUCACUUUAGGAGGGUUAGGGAAGUAGCAAAUGUCUGAAAGCUUGAUGAAAGUAACCAAUAGCAUUUGUUUGAUUCAAUAUCAAUCAAAUUUAUAAUGCGUAGUUCUUUUGAGUGAUCAUGACCGAUCAUGACUUGUCAUGACUUAGGGAUAAAGUUAUAAAUUUGAUCUGCAACAGUAUAAAACUCUCAAACAGAAAGAUGAAAAUUAUCAUCUAGGUGACAAUUUCUUGAUAGAUCACUAAAUGUUCAUGAAAAACUAACAAAGAACCGUGUUAUGAGAGUAUAAUCAUCAGUUUGGAAGAGUGUGAUCAUCAGUUGGGAAGAUUGCGCUCAAUAUUUCAAGCAAAAUAGUUGAACACUUGAAGUUCCUUAUCUAAUUUUAUGUGACAAUUUUAUGUCCUUUUGACUUGACUCACUACAGCUGAUAACAGUCGCGUAAACAAUGAAAUGCAAACAGGAAAAUAGCUUGAUUUGUCAUACACAGCGAUUUAUAUGUCAGACAUGGAACUACAUGGAACUAUAUGACUCCAAGUGUUCCGGUAGAAAUGCUUUACCGCCGAGUUGCCUAAUUAUGCCAUUGAAGCUCAUAAGUUAUCAGCGCUCUGUUGGUCGACUUAGUUAGUGAAAGGUUCCGCUGGUCUUACAUUUGAAAUUGAAUUUUCACCCGUCGUUUAGAAUAGAUAUCCAUCAGUUUAAUAUUUUUCAAAAUUUUCUACGGUCUGUACUUUACUGCAUUCGGCCUACAUGCAACUAUAUAAUCGAUCAAUACGUCUGGAAUACACACAUGCUAUUAAAUUGACAUCAGAUUUUAUGCAAGUAUUUGACAACAGUUUCAAUUCUGAGACUCAUGAUUGCUAGUCUACCAUAUCAACAACGAAAAAAAGACUACGACGAUUUUGGGCGGUAAACAACUGUGAUAAAGUAGAUUUUUUAUACGGAGACUCACAGAAAGCAGAAACUGCAUAUAUUUGUCUAUCGAUCAUUUCCCAUGCGCGCUGAAGAGGAAUUAAACGAAGCUAGUUUGACAAAUUCAUAUAACAGCAAAGAUUGCUCAACUCCUACCAAGGCAGUUACUCUGUGAUGGCAUUAGACGAACAGGUUUGGACACAAACUACUCACAGUUUUCCACCCUAGAUGUUCGACACCUUCUCUCCUUGAUGAUUUUAGACAACUUUUAUAUUAGAUCGACAUUUGUCAACCUCACCUAGAUUUUUCUAGUAGACGAGUAUUGUAGUGCGUGGGAUGUUAAGCGAAUUACACACCUGAAAGUACUUAACCAACAAAUGGUUAGAAGAGGCCACUAGCCUCGUAUCAUCGAAUGAAAUAUUAAAGUAUAUCAAAGCACGUCAAUUAUUUUCAUGCAAAGCAUCACAUAAUAACAAUGUAUUGUUAUGUAAAUCGUCGAUGCACAGCAAUUUAUUUGUUACCAAAUUGUGCCUUUAAAUAAAGCGUCUGCAUUGUUUAAAGGGUUUAUUUCUUCAGACAAAACAUAUCAUUAACUUUGCUCUUUUGUGACACACAUUGAAAAUACUUCAGUCUUUCUGAAAACGACGAUAUAGUUACAUUGUUCGAUAAGUGCUGUGUGUCAGCCAUUUUAUCACAUCAUCUGAAGAAGGUGAGAGGUUUCGUAUGGUGGUUUCCUUCGAAGAGAAUCACUCAAAGGUGCUUAUUGUCAGAGGAUGUUCAAGAAAGACGUGGAGACAACGAGCCGUUUUUUUUGGAUGAGAUCAUUUAAUAAACGCGAUAUAUUUGGUUUUCAGGUCUAUAAAAAGACUGAAAAGCUAUUGGUGUUUAUCUGGUGUUUCCUGUUUAUUGUAAAUACCUUGAGUAUGUAAUUUAACUUUUAAUUUUUAGAAAUUUAAGCCAAUUAUAAGCAAAAAUAAUUGUUAGAAUUAGUUAAUUUCUAAUUUUCUUCUUUAUCUUUCAGAAACAGUCCUAAAACAUUGACACGUACAUGUUUCUUGAAUGUCUCAGAUUAUCAACUAUUCAGUUCUGAGAUAGGAUUCAUGCAGAAGAUGAUCAUAAACUUUACGGAAUCUUAUUAUGAAGACUUCACUCAAUAUCAAAUUAAUUCAUCGACGCAGUCAAAAACGAUUUUAAAAAACAUGAAUAUAAGAAGCUAUGUUUUGUCACUCUAUAAAGAGUCCAACCUUUAAAUCGACCACC